UAAAAAUUUAAAGGGUUCCCCUUACAAUGACACAUCAUGUGAUGAUCAUUUAGAUGUUGUUUUAACUCAAAUUUUCGAGUUAAUAAUGGAAAAGAAAAUACCAGAGCCAUGGUUGUUAAAACUUUUAGAUUCAUGGGGUAAAUUACCAGCCGGUAUAAUGUCUGGUCAUUUGCGUGAAAUCGGACAUUUUGAUCAAUGCUUAGAAUAUGAACAUAAUUUUAAUAGUACAAGUCUUCAAAAUUUAAGAGGUCAAUAUUGCACGGGAGUUAUACCGUUGGAUGUUAUAACAAAUUCUUUAAAUCUUAGCAUUGAAAUUCCACCGGGACCAUUUCCAACCAUGAUGGGAUUCCAAUUAGGAAUUUGUGUCCCAGACACCUGUACACCACAAAAAAUUAAUGAAGUAUGGAUAAGGCUUUUAAGGUUGAUCGGAGGAGAAAUUCUGUCGAAUGAAACUUUAAUUCACAGUUGCGAAAUUAAUAAUAAAUCUAUUGAAUUCAAUGCUGCUGAUUAUAUAGGAUUUAUCAUUUUUGGUCUCGUCGCAUUUUUUACGUUAGCAAGUACUCUAUACGAUUAUUUGAUCAUAAAGCAAGGAGGUAGAGGAAAUGAUCUACUGAUUGCGUUUUCAGUAAUUACCAAUGGAGAAAAGUUAUUUAAAAUUUCGACAAAAAAGUCUCCCAAUGUAAUCGAAUGUUUGAACGGUUUAAGGUGUAUAUCAAUUGUUUGGAUUGUUCUUGGCCAUUCCUAUGCGACCUUUUCCACUAUAAGCAUUCUAAAUGGGCAAUAUGCUAUUGAGUGGUUUAAAACAUUUUUUUCGGUUUUCAUACAAUUUGGUACAGUAUCCGUUGAUACAUUUUUAUUUUUGAGUGGUUUACUAGUUAUUUGGAGUGCUUUUCGUGAAAUGGAGAAAAAUGGAGGACGAUUGAAUGUAAUCAUGAUGUACAUUCAUCGUUAUUUACGAUUGACACCAGCACUUGCAGCUGCUGUACUAUUUUCUGUAAGUUUUGUUAAAUAUAUUGGCGACGGUCCUUUUUGGCAACAAAACAUAGCUGGUCCAAUAGUUAGUGCAUGCGAGGAUAAGUGGUGGGCUACAUUAAUAUAUGUGCAAAAUUAUGUUAUGGAUGGUCCUAUAGGUCAAACAAUUUGUAUACCGCAAUCCUGGUAUUUGGCAGUAGACACACAAUUAUUUUUACUGUCGCCAUUAGUUUUAUUGCCAUUGUGGAAGUGGGGUAGAAAAAUGAUUUUACCAAUAAUCAUUUUGGCGUUAUUAUCAAAUGCCUGUGUUUUCACUAUUUUCAUGAAAUGGGAUUUUUCUACAAUAAAAAGUUCUGCUCUCCUUUUCACAAUGGAAAGAAUGAAAAUGACGUAUGUUCCCACUCAUGCGAGAUACGCUCCUUGGCUAAUAGGAAUUUUGAUUGGAUAUUUUUUGUUCGAAACAAAAAACAAAAAAACUAAGCUUCCAAAAGUUGUUGUAUUCUGUGGUUGGUUCGUCAGCAUAGCUAUAAUAUUAGCUGUAAUAAUUGGCCCAUACAAUCGCGUACGCGAAGGUGGUGGUAAUCCAACAAAAAUUGAAAGUUCUUUUUACGAAGCAUUCUCAAGAACAUCUUGGUCCAUCGCAUUGGCUUGGAUCGUAUUUGCAUGUCAUAAAGGAUAUGGUGGAAUGAUAAAUUCUUUUUUAUCUUGGACAAUUUGGGAACCAUUUUCUCGGUUAACUUAUUCAAUUUAUAUUGUACAUUUUCCAAUACAAUAUCUGGUGAACGCGAAUACAAAACAUGAUAAAUAUUUCUCAAAUUUUGAUGUGAUGUAUAAAUUUUGGGGAGAUUUUGGUUUCACAUUAUGCAUAGCGACUUUAUUGACUUUAAGUUUUGAAUCACCUAUCAUUGGAAUUGAAAAAGUGUUAUUCAAAAGAGGGAGUGAAGUCAAAGACAAGAAAUACAAUACCAAAGAAGAUCCCAAUACUAAAAUUAGUGAAGAUGCUCUUAAUAGUGAUACAAAAUAUGAGAAAUUAAAGUUACAUUUAAAUAAUCAAAUUUUUAAUGAAUCGCUAGGAUUUAAAUUUUACGAUAUUUCAACUAAAAACAUAAAUAUAAAUAAAUUAAAUUCAACUAAUAGUAAAAAUGAUGAAUUGUGUGAAAGCGAACUGACUGCAAUCAGAAACGGAAUAUUAACCGGACAGUUAUGGGCUUAUAAAGUUAUUGAUUCAUGGGGUAAAAUACCGACCGGAAUUCUAGUUGGACAUUUAACUGAUGUAGGAAAUUUUGAAGAAUGCAUAGGAAUUUCAGAAAUGAUAAACCAAGAAACUGAACAAUUGUUGGAGGGAAAGUAUUGUUUUGCUGAGCUUUCAUUAGCAGAUUUAAUAGGAGGUUGGAAACCGAUAGUGGUCCCGAAAUUUGAGCCCAGAAUAGGUUGGGGCGAAGAACUAAAUGCAAUCAAAAAUUUGAAAAUUGCUGUUUGUGUACCAAAAUCUUGCAGAACAACUUUAGCAGACGAUGCUCUAAGAAAUCUGUUACAACAGGUGGGAAUAACAUUAGAUAAAGAAAAGCCAAUAAUUCAAUCAUCAACAUGUAAAACCAAAUUAGUUCCUUCCUAUAGAACUGUAGAUAUUGUAGCUAUUUCAUUUUUCUCUUUUAUUGGGUUUUUGAUGUUAAUAAGUUCAGCUUAUGAUUAUACAACUUCAUCUUAUGGAAAAAAACCAAUAAAAAUCUUAACAGCUUUUUCAAUUGUUACAAAUGGUAGGAAAUUGUUCCAGAUUCAAGAUACUUCAAAACGUAACCCAAAUGUUAUCGAAUGUUUAAAUGGCAUACGAAGUUUAUCUAUAAUUUGGGUGGUAUUUGGUCAUCAAUAUUUCGUUUCAAACUUUGUAACAAGUAUAAAUGCGAUUUAUAUCUUAGAGUGGGCUCGAUCACCCUUUGCUUUAUUAAUGUUGAAUGGUGUUCUUUCAGUAGAUUCAUUCUUUCUUUUAAGUGGCUGUUUAGUAUCCUGGAUUGGUUUAAAAACAUUAAAUAAAACAAACGGAAAAUUAAAUGUUUUUAAAAUGUAUUUGCACCGUUAUUUGAGAUUAACUCCACUACUAGCAGCAAUGGUGUUGUUUACAGCCAGUUUACAAAGAUAUCUCGGAAAUGGUCCCUUUUGGAAUUUCGAUCAGGUGGAACAAUAUUGUCAGGAAAAUUGGUGGUCAACGUUACUCUAUGUCGCUAAUUAUGUACAUGGCGACAAAUUAUGUUUUGGUCAUUCAUGGUAUUUAUGUGUAGAUACACAACUUUAUAUUUUAUCUCCUUUAAUUUUAUGGCCCCUGUGGAAAUGGGGUAAAAUAGCAUUUUUACCUAUAAUUAUUUGCAUACAGGCAUCAAUGGGUUAUGUUUUUGCAGAGUGGAUGAGUAGGGAUUACCAUUAUUUGUUCUUGGAAUUCAACGACAACGAUUUAACAAAGCAAAAAUAUAUUUAUUACGCAACACAUGCAAGAGUUUCGGCGUAUUUAGUUGGUGUAUUACUAGGCUAUUAUUUAUAUCAAUAUCGAAAUAAAAAGAUGAAACUAUCGAAAUUUAAAAUCAUGACUGGAUGGUUAUGUUGUUUAUCACUUUUUGCAGUAAUUUUAUUUGGACCCUAUCACAGAUCAAGCAAGCAGCCAGAAUCUGGCAUGACAACAAUUGAAGGAGCUAUUUACGAACCAUUUAGUCGUUUUGCAUGGGCUAUCGCAUUGUCAUGGGUUAUUUUUGCUUGCCAUCACGGCUUCGGAGGUUUUAUAAAUAAAAUUUUGACUUUUGGUAUAUGGCAACCUAUUGCUCGUUUAUCUUAUGGAAUUUAUCUGAGUCACUUGACAGUACAAAUGGUUUGGUACGGAAAUUAUAAAGUAGAGCAGAAUUUUUCGGAUAUGGAAACUAUAUUUAUGUUUUGGGCUUGUUUUGGAAUAACAUUAUGUAUUACUGUUAUAAUAGUUUUAGCUUUCGAAUCACCAAUCAUAAUAAUUGAAAAUUGGGUGUUUGGAAAUGGAAAUUUGGAAAGAAAGAAUGUUAUAUUGGAACCUACUACAUCGAAAAAUAUUAAUGAUCCGAAAGAAAGUAAAAUUGAAACAGAAAGUGAAGUUUCUCAUUUAUAGUUUGGAAUAUUUUUGGAAAAUUUGAAAUUGGGUUUUGCAAAUUAUCAAAGACCUAAAUGUGAAACAAUUCAUCAAUUUACAUCAAUUUUUCCUGUAU